CCCUCCGCGCCGCCCGAACCCCGGCCCCGCUCCUCCCCGCCGCCGCCGCCGCCGCCGCCGCCCCGGCCGCCCCGGCCCCGCGGCUCCGUCCCCGGCCCGGCACCGCUUCCCCCGGCGGGCCGCCGCCUGCAUGUCGUUACUGCCCGCCGCCGCCGCCCCGCCGCCCUGCCGCCGCCGGCCCCGCCGCCCCGCCGCGCCGGAUGCAGACUAACAGGGAUGCCAAAGGAAAAAUAUGAUCCUCCAGAUCCUCGCAGAAUUUACACCAUCAUGUCAGCAGAAGAGGUAGCCAACGGGAAGAAGUCGCACUGGGCUGAAUUAGAGAUCUCGGGUAGAGUGCGGAGUUUAAGUACGUCACUUUGGUCGCUGACGCACUUGACUGCCCUGCACCUCAAUGACAAUAAUCUUACUCGCAUUCCGCCUGAUAUUGCCAAGCUUCAUAAUCUGGUUUACCUGGAUCUGUCAUCCAACAAACUCAGAAGUUUACCAGCAGAACUAGGAAACAUGGUGUCUCUCAGGGAAUUGCUUUUAAAUAACAAUCUGUUACGGGUUUUGCCUUAUGAACUUGGACGGCUCUUCCAGCUACAAACCCUAGGUUUGAAAGGCAAUCCUUUAUCACAAGAUAUUCUCAGCCUCUACCAGGAUCCAGACGGAACUCGAAAGCUACUGAACUACAUGCUUGACAAUCUAGCAGUUCAUCCAGAGCAGCUGCCUCCAAGGCCAUGGAUUACUUUAAAAGAACGAGACCAAAUUCUGCCCUCAGCUUCAUUCACAGUUAUGUGUUACAACGUGUUGUGCGAUAAAUACGCCACCCGGCAGCUCUAUGGCUACUGCCCGUCUUGGGCACUCAACUGGGAGUACAGAAAAAAGGGAAUCAUGGAAGAAAUCGUCAACUGGGAUGCAGAUAUCAUUAGUCUUCAGGAAGUGGAAACAGAGCAAUACUUCACCCUUUUUCUGCCAGCCUUGAAAGAACGAGGAUACGAUGGAUUCUUUUCUCCAAAGUCACGUGCCAAAAUCAUGUCUGAGCAGGAGAAAAAGCAUGUGGAUGGCUGUGCAAUAUUCUUCAAAACUGAAAAAUUCACGCUGGUGCAGAAGCACACAGUGGAGUUCAACCAGGUGGCGAUGGCGAACUCUGAAGGUUCGGAAGCUAUGUUGAACAGAGUGAUGACGAAGGACAACAUCGGAGUUGCCGUGGUGUUAGAGGUGCACAAAGAAUUAUUUGGAGCAAGUAUGAAAUCUCUUCAUGUGGACAAACAGCUGCUGAUCGUGGCCAAUGCCCACAUGCACUGGGACCCCGAAUACUCCGAUGUGAAACUCAUUCAGACCAUGAUGUUUGUCUCGGAACUGAAAAAUAUCCUCGAGAAAGCCUCGAGCAGGCCCGGUAGCCCAACAGCAGAUCCUAAUUCUAUCCCUCUGGUGCUGUGUGCGGAUCUCAACUCAUUGCCUGAUUCAGGUGUAGUGGAAUACUUAAGCAAUGGCAUAGUAGCCGACAACCACAAGGACUUCAAGGAGUUGCGUUAUAACGAGUGUCUCAUGAACUUCAGUGGCAAUGGAAAAAACGGGGCUUCUGAAGGAAGAAUUACGCACGGCUUCCAACUCAAGAGCGCCUACGAAAACAACUUGAUGCCUUACACCAAUUACACUUUUGAUUUCAAAGGUGUGAUUGACUACAUUUUCUAUUCCAACACUCACAUGAACGUGCUUGGUGUCCUGGGGCCUUUGGACCCUCAGUGGCUGGUUGACAACAACAUCACUGGGUGUCCACACCCUCACAUCCCUUCAGACCACUUCUCACUGUUAACACAACUCGAACUCCAUCCUCCGCUCCUGCCUCUUGUCAACGGUGUGCACUUGCCUAACAGGAGGUAGUGGAGCCCUGCCCCUUUGAGGGCAAGGACCUGUCGUUAUGGACCUGUACAGUUGUAAAUCAAAGUAUAUAGGAGUGAAGUAUGGCCAACCUUAAGCUGCUUCUUCAAGCUCCUUUCCUUAUGUGUUUGAUAUGAGAUUUUGCACAUUUUGGUGCAUAUUGGUAUCAUUUGGCACUAGGGCUGGAACCAAAGUCUUAUUCCCUUUCCAGAUUUUUAAUUUAAAUUUUUUUUUCUUUUUCAAACCGGCAAGCUUUUUCUUUUCGGUAGGAAGCUGCACUUAUAAAUGGGCAAAAGAGAUUAAAAACUUGCUUGUUAACAUUUUUCAAGAUAAUGCUUUUUUCCCACAAUGUGGUAAAACGAGCCAACCUUUUAGGAGAAAGAAAAACAAAAAUAGAAAUGCUUGUUUUGUAGGACGAAUAUUAGAGAUACUCUUUGUUUGAACCCAAACCAGAAACCAAACUCUGCAUCCAAAAUAAAUUUUGCACAUUAGCGAAGCACUUAAUACCUGCCUGUCAAUGAUGAGCAGCGUGGCCCUGCCCCUUGUCUAACUAAUAUUAGAAAACCAAAGAUGGCCUAAUAUCUGUGACAAAAUUUGAGGUCUAAAUUCUCCUGGUGGGAUUUCGUUCACAACGAAAGUUCCAGCAAAGCUACGUCUCACGAGACGCUGCAGGGGAGCGUUCAAGGCCGCGUGCAGGUCGCUUGCUCGGCAGACACCGUGGCGACUUUGUUUUUCCCGAGCUCUGAAGAACUCGGUCCUUUCUGGGCGAGAUCUGCAGGGAUCCAAAGGACCGCCGUGAAACAGAGCUGCCCCUCUGCCUCGGCAAGCCGGGGCGACACGCUGCUGAGCAGCGCAGCUCGGGAGCGGGACUUAGAAAUGGGAAGAAGUUACGCUUGAAGCGAGCCGUGGCAGGCGUUUGGGUUCCGGGUGAAUAAAGGAGUUGUUGCAAAUCCGUCCUAGGGUUCCCUUUUCCAAAGUUCGGUUGCAAAGAUAGGAAACUCGGGAUUAAAAGCCUAAGCGUAGGGUACGGGAAGAAGCCGCUGGAAAUGAUCUUGCUCCCGUCUCCGAAGGGCGUGCGGAGUAGCUGUCGGCAUGCUUUGUCCGCUGGGGGAGCGAGCGGUAGCCGUAAGCAUUCCUUGCAUUAUUUUUCCUGACCCUAGUUGCCAAAUAACCAUCACACUUUUUAAAUGAUCUUUCUUUUCUGUUGUUGGUCAGGGUUGAAUUAAAAAGCUGCUGGUUCAUUCCCAAUUGUUAAUGCUCUUUGGAUGUCUUGGAAAUCUGUUUUUUCUUCUCUUUUUUCCUUCUUUUUAUGCUCUAGGUGGCCAGUUCAAAACCUUGUGCCUCGAGAGGCAUUAAACAUAAUGCAAUUUUCUGGAAAAAAAAAAAAACAAACAAACAAAAAAAAAACAAAAACAAAAAAAAUUGGUUGGCUGCUUAAUGUUUUAAAAAAAAAAAAUGGCACAGUGAUAGGGAAAAGGUUGUGUCUGUGUUUUUAAGUUUUUCUUUAUUCUGCUUUUUUGCUGCUAUAAGAUUUUCUUGAAUUUAUAUUUUAAACUUUUCAUGCACUUUACUGUUUCUAGUCUCAAAAUGUGAUAUUUUUAAUAAAUGAGAAAAUUUUCCAUUA